AAGAGAUACGGAGUCGUCGGUAGUAUAUAAGGAUAAGGCGGGCCAGUUCAAACAUUAACAUUGUGCAUCUCACGGUAAAGACAGAUGUCACUAUGCUUGGUUCUAAGAUUAUCGUGUCCUUGUGCAUUUUGUGUGUAGCGCAUAGAUCUUUGGGCAGCCCGUUCAAUUACAAUGUUGUUGAGGGUCGCGGUAUUGGCUCCACUUUAUGGGGUUGGAUAGCGUAUCCUUUUACGUGGUGGUAUGGUAGCACAGAACCGGCUCCAGAGAAGGACCAGCUCAUAGGUACAGUUCCCGUCACUGUGACAAAAGAUGUAGAGAUAAAGCCGCACAACGUGACCAUGUGCAACGCUCAGACUUGCAGCACCAUGACAUGUGACAGCAACGGGUGCAAGGAACUAGUCACAUGCAACAUCUACGACACGGAUUUGAAUGGGGACUGCAGGACGUAUAACACAGUCAUACCACCCGAGGAACCAACCACGGUCAAGUCUUCGAGUACCGUUGAAAAACCCCAGGAUAUAACAACUUCCCAGUCAUCAACAACCGCGCCCACAACACCCAUCCCUAGCGAUAAUCAGGCAAUCGAAGAACGCCCUCUGGAGCUAGAAGCGGUACUGUCAUCCACCGUUCCGGAGAUAGAUAAGAAUGAAUGACAGAUGAAAUCUCAAAAACUGACGAUGCGUACGGUUCUCUACCGGUGCAUCUGGACGAAAUAAUUUUAGACUACAUACGGACAUACAUCGUAGAACACGUAACUAGAAUAACAAACAACAUAAUAGAAAAAUUAAACAUAGACUCUAUAUGUUCAAAUGGCAAAUGCUAUUACAAGAGAUGCGUUCAUAAACAAUGCAUAAUGGAGUACUGCAUUUACAACAUAAUCACGGGAGAUAGAAAAUGCACCAUAGACAAUAUACGCAACAAAAUAAACGACAUAUUUAUGGACAAGGCAAAUUUAAUCUAUAACGACAAAACGGACGCCAAUGAAAUACCACGUGACUAAGCUUACGAAAAAAAAAAUACUUGUCAUUCAAAUAAAGAAUUUUUUAAAAAAUAAAGCGUAAUUUAUUCGAUUUCAUGCAAA